AUGGCCAACUUGCCCUCACUCUCACAACUGCCCUCUCAACCACAAGAGGCCCAGUUACGUGUGCUCGAUACGCUAUUCGAGCCCUCACCGGAGCUUCAUGAACUGGCACUCCCCAUCCUCAACAAACAGCCGUUCACCUCAUAUACCACCCUCAUUGAUGCGGUCGGAAGUCAAAUUUCCGCCCUGCAGUCCCCCGCGGAACGCAAGGUCUUGUUCGGCAUUCUGGGCUCUCAUCCGCGGCUCGGUCGCGCUCCAACCAACCCCGAGCAUCUCAGUGAACUCAGCAAGAAAGAGCAGGCGCAAUUGAAUACGGGUGCCGAAGAGCAAGCGCAGAAAUUGGUGGCGCUGAAUGCCGAGUAUGAGGCUAUAUUUCCCGGAUUGCGAUUUGUUACUUUUGUCAACGGACGCAGUCGGGAGGUGAUUAUGGAGGAAAUGCGCCAACGCAUGGACCGGGCCGACAUGGAAAAGGAGAUCCAUGAGACGAUCGAGGCCAUGUGUGCAAUUGCCAAGGAUCGGGCGCGAAAGCUUCAAUCGCGCAUCUAG